AUGAAUAACUCUGCGUCGUCCGCUAUCGAAGAUAGCAGCAUGGCCACCCCAUGCAGGGCCGUGCCGACACAUCCUCAGGUUCAUCCCUUUGCGGGAACACUUGGCGGUAAUCAAAGAGUGGUGGUUGACCGCAGUGACCCCGACAAUGAAUCAUUGCUGGAGAAACUGCCCGACGCGGCACCGUUAAUGACGGUCCAAGAAGGAUUAAGCUUGCAAGGAUUUCUCAAUGUUGACCUCUGGAGGCUUGGACUUCUCGAGUGCGUUGGAGCAAUGCUGCUGGAUUUUGUUACUGCAUGGAUGUCUAUACGACCAAGCGCAGCCAUUGUGUCUCCAACCGGAGAAGCUGGUAUCUUCUCAACAAGCACAUUCCUGGGCCCGUUAUUCGGAGCUUUCAGUAACUGGAUAUUUCUGACAUUAUUCAUUUUCUCCUUCUCCAAUGUCAGUGGGAGUCAUCUCAAUCCCACAAUUACGCUAGGCACUUUCUUCGCGCGCCUCAUAUCGCUUCCUCGAAUGGUCAUUUAUAUCCUUGGCCAAACGCUCGGGGGUGCUCUUUCCGGCUUUAUACUCCGCUCCGCUUAUGGUACUCGAGAUUUCACUGUGGGAGGUUGUUACAUUGACACAAAUAUUGUACCCCUGGAUGAAGCGUUUCUUCUAGAGUUCAUCUUCUGUCUCCUUCUGAUAUUUCUAUCAUUCGGUGUCGGUCUUGAUCCUAGACAGAGUCAGGUUUGCGGACCCGCUCUCUCUCCUUUCUUGGUAGGGCUGGUCUUGUUUGGUGUGAGUUGGGGGUCAGCUUAUACGAGAGCAGGCUAUUCUGGAGCAUCGGUCAAUCCAGCUCGGUGCUUUGGUGUCUAUGUGGCUACCACCUUUCCAAGCUAUCACUGGAUUCACUGGGUCGGACCAUUGGCUGCUUCAAUUGGCCAUGGAAUUAUUUAUUUUGUCGUGCCUCCUUGGAAGGCAUGA